UUAUCAUUUGACAUUUUUACAGAAAAUCAUCACAUAUCGAACCAUUUGGUUAAUUCUGUGUUAUUGUACAAAUGUAGACGAGUGCAUUGUUUAUUUGCUGUAAAUUAAUCACAUUUUAAUUAAAAUGUCUACUGGUGGAAAUCUUGUAGUUCCCAUGGUAUUAUGGGGAGACAACUGUCCUACACACUGUAUAUCAGCUGUGUUGAUGACACCUGACCAGAGAACUAUUAUCACUGGUUGUAAUGAUGGACAGCUUGGUAUAUGGGACGUCACAGAAAAUUGGCAGAUAUUUCCAAGAAGUUUACUCUUUGGACAUACUACUGCUAUCAGUUGUUUGGCCUUGGGCAGUAGCAAAUCAGAAACGCCAUAUGUUGUCAGUGCUUCAGAGAAUGGAGAGAUGUGUCUUUGGGAUAUAAGUGAUGGUAGAUGUGUAGAAUGUAGCAAGUUAACAGUCACACAUACAAACAUGCAGUCUUACUACUUCAAGAACUCCAAAGACCUACGCCUUGUAUGUAACGGUUAUUAUCCAGAAAUUCUGAUCAUCGACCCUUUGACUUUUGAUACCUUGUACACAUUGUGUUCAAAAGUAUUGCCUGAUUGGAUAAGUGCAUGCUGUGUUCUCAGGCCAGUGAAAAGAGAAGAAGAUGUUUUGUUAGCAAUAACUAACUCAGGUGCAGUGAAGAUAUGGAUGUUGACUGGUUAUGAAAAUAGGGCACAGCCAGUGUUUGAAGAAGAAUCUAAGCAGAUAAGAUGUCUGAAUGCAGAAACUUUAACAUGUUGUACUUUUAACCAGAGAACUGUUCUAAUAGUCUGUUCCAAAUAUUGGCAGAUAUAUGAUGCUGGAGAUUUUACUUUGUUGUGUUCUGAGUCUAAUCGUUGUGGUGAACGCUGGUCUGGCGGUGAUUUCAUAAGUGUAGAUAAAGUAUUGGUAUGGAGUAGUGAUGGUAAAGGCUACCUAUAUAAAUUACCUACAAAUUUACUGAAAGGAAAAGUUUUCACCAGUGCUGAUUCUGAGAGCCAGGAUUACCAUAAACACAGCUACCAGCCAUCAUCACCACAUGCUUACUACAUCUUAGAUAUUUACUCUGAUAGUUCACCUGCAUGUUCGCCUGCCAUGACCUUUAACAAAGGUCAAGGAGAUAAGGCUUCACCCCCAUUACUGAUUAGAGGUGACUCUGAAGGUCAGGUUACAAUGUGGACUCUUCCUACAGUAUCAGAGAGGCAGAUGACCCUAGUCAGACAGGAGAGUUUUGAUAGAUUGCCAGCUUUACCACCUAAGUGUAGUAAGAGUUUGAAAGAUGUAUGGAAGAGUUUAUAUGAAACACCUCCUGGAAUUAUUGAUGGCUUUCAUGACCAUAAAGACAAGCCAAUAAAGAUAACUGCCACAAUCUAUGUUCCGUCUCAAGGUAAAGUGGCAUGUGGUAGAAGUAAUGGUUCUAUAGUGAUAGCUGUAGCCACACAAAGUAUUAUACUGCAGCUGUUGGAGGAUAAAACAUUAGAACAUAAAGAUGUUCCACUUAAAGUACUAGACGGCCAUGAUGGUACAGUGACAACUCUGUUAUAUCCAUUCAAUGAAAACACUCGGUAUGAACCCCAGCACCUGUUAUCUGGUGGAUCAGACUUCUCUGUCAUUCUUUGGGACAUGUUUGUGGGAACCAGACUUCACACAUUUACUGUUCAUGGCGGGGAGAUUACACAGUUACUGGUUCCACCAAUGAACUGCAAUCAAAGAAUUUUAACCUCUAUCUGUUCAGUUGGAAGUGACCACACAGUAGCUUUAUUAAGCUUAAAAGAGAGGAAGUGUAUUAUGUUAGCAGGGCGCCAUCUAUUUCCUGUUCAGACAAUAAAAUGGAGACCUCUUGAUGAUUUCAUGGUUGUGAGCUGUUCAGAUGGAACUGUUUACGUUUGGCAGAUGGAAACUGGCCAUUUAGACAGAGUAGUACAUGGUAUAACUGCUGAGGACAUACUGAGUAAUUGUGAUGAGAAUGCCAUGCCUAUGGAUGGACUUGUUAACCCUAACAUAACUUUAUCGCAAGCUUUGAAACGUAGAAAUCUGGCCACAUUUAAAAAUCUGGCUCAGCAGAAACUACAAACUCCUGGAAGUAGUAUACAGAACCAGCGACCUGACCAGGUUGUUAAACAACAGAAUUAUGCCAUGUAUAUACAGGGUGUUAGAACUAAUGUUAGAGACCCUGAUGCUCACAUUAUUUACUUUGAUACAGAAGCAUUGAUUGUACAACUAUUAACUGAUGAGUAUGCUAUGAUGUCACCUGGAGAGUUAGAAGCCAAGGGAUUCAUUUUACCUUCCUAUGAAAUUCCUGGAUCAGAAUUCUCAGAUGCACAAGCUAAAAUAUUAGGUAUGCUAACAAAGAUUAAAGAUAAAGCGGAUUCUUUUGGUCAGAAGAUUCAGUCAAAGGCUGAGGGAGGUGGUUUCUCACCUGUACAUAGAGAGAGUGAUGUCCAGGCCUCACCUGUCAAAGGUAGAAAGAAGGAGAAACGAGUGGUGGUAACUGAUGGCAAUAAUCUAACUUUAGAGAUUGCUCGAUUGUUUAUGUCUAGUCUUCAUGCUUGGGGACUAGACCCAGAUCUUGAUAAACUUUGUGUGAACAAACUAGGACUGAUUAAGCCUAAAGUCCCAUUAUCUUUUGGUCUUAUAUCUAGAAAUGGGCAUAUGUGUUUAAUGCUUCCAGCAUGGCAUAGACGUCUUUUACAGGAUGUGAAGUCGAGUGAUUCAGACAGUAAGAUACAGCAGGCUACGUCAGACAAACCUACAUUGUUGUCACAGAUUGAAAGUACAUCAGGAAUGUAUUCUGACAGUGACCAAGAAGGUGAUAGUCCACCAGGUACAAAAUCUAGAAUAAAAAAAUCCACUGCAGAAGCACUGCAGGAAGAGUUACGGGCCUUUUCUACAAAGUCAAGAUGGCAGAUAUCUAGUGGUGUUACUACACAACAUUUGCUGAGUGUAAUAUCUACUGCUAAUACAUUAAUGAGUAUGACAAACUCUGCCUUCAUCAAUAGGAGACUAAAAUCAUCAAGACCAAGAGGCAGGAGGUCUAGUAAGAGUUUUGCUGCCCCUCAGCCACCACAUUUACUAGAAGGCGGGGACAGUUCUGAAGGGGGGAGUGAGGAUGAGACAGAUGGACAGAUGUUACACCAGGCACAGAUAAAACAAGGAUGGAGUCUGCUUGCAGCUUUACAUUGUGUUCUCCUACCAGAAAUGGUUGGCUCGGAAAAUAUCAAAUCACCUCAGCUGGAGAUGUUGGCUCGCAGAUGGCAGGACAGAUGUCUUGAGAUAAGGGAAGCAGCCCAAGCGCUGUUGUUAGCAGAGUUAAGAAGAAUUGGUCCAGCUGGUCGUAAGGCAAUAGUGGAUGAGUGGUCACCAUAUCUUCCAACCUAUGUAGAUCCAAACCUCAGUCUGAUGAAUGCUGAGCUUCAGAAAGGAGGUGAUGAUGAUGACGAUGAUGACAAUAUGGAUCCCAUGGUUUCAGAUUCUCCUGUUCAUAGAGCCUCAUCCUAUUCCUUUGAGAGUAGAAGGAAGCAAGCAACAGCUAUAGUGAUGUUGGGAGUGAUUGGUGCUGAGUUUGGACAUGAGAUAGAACCAAAUAGAAGGAAGGUAGAAGUAACCAAGAAAUCCAAAAAGGAACAGGAAGGCUUCACUCUGUCUAAUUACUCUCUGUCAAGACAUACAAGUAAAGCAUUAACAUUUUUACUGCAACAGCCACCAAGUCGUAAGUUACCUGCACAUACACCUAUUAGAAGAGCUGCCAUAGAUUUGAUUGGUCGAGGAUUCACAGUUUGGGAGCCAUAUCUAGAUGUAUCUGCAGUACUGCUUGGUCUUCUUGAGCUUUGUGUGGAUUCGGAUAGGCUUGUUCCAAGAUUUAUUAGGGAUAUUAUGACCUUUGGACUGCCAUUAUCUCCAGCUGCAGAUGCAUGUAGGACAGCCAGGCAUGCUCUAUCACUAAUAGCAACAGCUCGCCCACCUGCAUUCAUCAUCACCAUGGCAAAAGAAGUUGCUAGGUUUAAUGCCAUGCAACAAACAACACAGUCACAACAUUCGCAGAUACAAAACUCAGUGUUAAUCAGAGCUAAAGUAGAAAUCUUGAGAGUCAUAGAGUUAUUGGUAGAGAAAAUGCCAAAUGAUGUUGCUGACCAUCUAGUAGAGGCUAUGGAUGUUACUAUUCAUUGUUUAGAUAUACCACAAUUGAAGUCAAAGGGUCUUCAAGAACUCUUUCCUGCUAUUUGUCGUUUCAGUAUGGUUAGUAUGUGUCCUGUCUCAAAGAGAAUUUGGGUUGGAGCUAAGAAUGGUGGUCUAGCAUUUUAUGAUUUGAAACAACAUUCCAAGUGUCAGGUGAUAACAGCACAUUCAGGUCACAUUGUAGCCACUGCCAUAGCUGCUGAUGGUAAACAUUUGGCAACUUAUAGUCAUACAGACAAUAAGCUUAAAUUCUGGCAGACUGCCUCCUCGUCAUUGUUUGGUAUUGGAUCUCAACAGACAAAGUUGCUGAAACAGUUUGCUACACAACCUCUGCCUAUUACAAACUUGACAAACUUACUCAAACUAGUCCGAUUAGUGUGGAUAGAUAAUAGAUUGCUGAUUUUACUCACACUCGAUGGUAGUGAAUAUAAAUAUAGUAUUUAGUACAAGUUAACAAUGAUAAAUCGUAAUGGGACAUUUGAUACUAUCAGUACAAUAUAGCAUUAAAUAUCAGGAACGAUAAUUAAGAUAAAAGUAUUAUAGCUAGUCAGACUGUUGACAAGAAGACUUAGUUAUUGAUAACGAUCUAUGAUAGUGAAUUAAUGACAGAAACGAUAGGUAUUCGUCAUAUAAAUUGAUCAAAAUGUCGGAUGAGUAGUGUUAAGAGUCAUGCAGAAAGUAAGCAGUAUGUCCACUGAAUGGUAGUUAAAUAGCAGUAUAGAUCCAGUAUAGAAGGUAAUAUUGGUCAAAUAAAAGACCAUCAAGUCAUUUUGAGGUAGCAGAAAAGAUUUGUAGAUUAAGUAACAAAAGAUGACAUAAAGAUAAUAGUUAAUAAUAUGAAGCAAGUCUGCUGUAUUGUUAUAUCUAGUCCAUUGUUCCAAUUGAUAUAAUGAUUAUUAUACAUUUUUAAAAAGUGUACAUAUAUUAAUAAUCAGAAGUAGCAAAGUAAUAUUACAUAAGGAGUUAUAGUCAUAAAACUUUCGAGUAUGAUUAUCAUACUCGACCUCAGAAAUCAACCAAUCAAAACACUCAAUUUGGUGUUUAGACCACAAAUUUUGUACUUCGAGUAUUUAAAAGUAAAGUUUUAUGACUGAAAGUCCUGUGAUCUCUGUCAUAAAACUAUACUCAGUACUGGGAGUACAAAAUUUGUGCUCUUAAACACCAAAUCCAGCAUUUUUAUUGGUUGAAUUCUGAGUCUGAGUAAGAAAAUCGUACUUGAAAUUUUAUGACUGCAAGGCCUGAGGUUUAAUAACAAGUGUAUUAACAAAGAUAAUACAGUAUUUUUUUGUUUUGUUGAAAGGAAAAAUCUUCCUUCAUCACCCAUAACAAAUUCAUUAAACAUAUGACAAGUAAGUCUGAUACAUAAAUAAUUUGCCUUUUCAUCCUUUCUAAUAACACACACAUAUAUCUAAAAGUGGGACUCUAUCCAAUUUGACUUUAUUUUACUUUUGAUGUAUGGAUUUCCAAGGAAAGUCAUUAAGGUUCUUUUGUGAUGCUAAAAUUUUUGCCGAAAUUUAUUAUUUUCUUUAAAUUUUAAAGAUGGUUAAAAGCUAUUGAUUCAUGUCACCUAAUUGUGUAUUUAGUGAAUCACAUGUCAGGUUACCAAUAGAAAGAUUGGCAGAAAAUAAAUAUUCAGUGGACUUAAUAUUAGCUUCAUAAUUUUUUAACUUUCUUAUAAGCUAUAAGAAACGUCAGAUAUACUUAUCAGUUGUUAUUACAUAUAUUGUAUGUGAUAUCAAGUUUUUCAUUUAUGUCUGUGAUUUUGAAUUUAACGUUUUAACUCCGAUUUACAGUGCCAUUUGUAUCAAGUGUAAAAUGUAUUUUUUAUUUGAUUUAUAUAUUUGAAGUGCAAUAAGUUGGUUAGAUUAUAAUAUAAGAUUUGAUAAAAAAAAAUGUGUAGUUAAUAUUGUUUUGCAUUCCAUUGAUAUUGUUUAUUUACACUCAGUGCUAAAAGGCAUUAUUAAACCUUCCUUCAUAUAGAUAAAUAAGUAUAUGCAUUGACUAAUUUGGUAAAUUGUGGUUACCUAUGAAAUCAUAAUGAAUACCCCAUAUUUCAUCACCCGUAAUCACUUCAAAAUAUAUACACCAUUCAUGCUAGUUAUAUUUUAGGACUAGGAAGACAUGUUAAUUUUAACUUCAUCCCCUAAAGAGAUGUUGUUUAAGUAAAACAAGUGAAGUGGUGUCUGUAAGCUAGACCUUAUAGUAGGGAUAUUUUUUCUGGGUCAAAAAUAUGCAGUUCCUUUAUAUUUUGUAAACUAAAAAAUAUAAUUAAAUCUUUUUAGAAAUGAUAUACUGUAAAUUUAGAAAUUAUUGUGUGCAUUUGUUAUUGAUAUUUUUGAAGGAUGGACAAAAAUGCAAGAUUCAUUAUUGCGAUUUCAGAAAAAUCUGUAUACAAAUAUAUGUAACAGAUUUAGAAUGUGAGGUCUUAUUAUUGUGAUACUCACCCUAUCGCAUUAUUCGCAUUAAUAAAAACCUCGCAAUCAUUUCUGAAUUUACAGUACACAUUGUAAUUUGAAAUCCUCUGUUGAUGAUGUAUGUCUCAGAAAGAAAGAUUUAUUGACAAUUUUUCUGUAGAAAUGUUUUGUUUGUACUUUUAAAUAACUUACAUUGCUAUUGAAUACUGCAUUUUUUGGUAAAUUUCAAUUCAUUUAUGUAUUAUAUAUUUAAUAUUCUGUUUAUUUAUAAUUGUUAUAUAAAUUUGUUAUUUUAAAUAAAU